AUGACUGGAAAAGCUCUAUCCAGACCUUACUUCAAUGUGAUUAACUAUGGUGCAAAAGCUGAUGGGAAAACAGAUAUGAGUCUGGCUUUGAUAAACGCUUGGAAAGAUGCAUGUGCUUCAAAGGUUAGCUCUACAAUUCUAAUCCCCAAAGGGAGGUUUUUGUUGGGUCCGGUUCUUUUGGUUGGACCAUGCCGGAGUCAAAUUGAGUUUCGAAAUGAAGGCAUAGUGAUGGCUCCGAUGAAUCCUGUCAUCUUCAAGGGGGGUUCUUGGAUUAAUUUCCGGUACAUCACCGGUUUGACCAUCUCUGGAGGAGGAGUAUUUGAUGGUAGAGGACAAGUGGCUUGGGCUAAAAACGAUUGUAAACGUAACCCCCAUUGCCAACAGUUACCUAUUAGUUUCAGAUUUGACUUCAUGAAGAACACAUUGGUGAAGGACAUAACUUCCCUAAACAGUAAAAAUUUCCACAUGAAUCUCUUUAAAUGCCAAGGUAUGAUAAUGCAAAAUAUUAAGAUUAAAGCACCAGGGGACAGCCCCAACACAGAUGGAAUUCACAUUGGAGAUUCAUCAUUCAUCAGUAUUACUCAUUCAGUUAUCGGCACCGGUGAUGAUUGUAUUUCACUUGGUCCGGGAAGCCGCAACAUAAGCAUCACCAAUGUGUUUUGUGGACCAGGACAUGGAAUUAGUAUUGGUAGCUUAGGCAAGUACCAAAAUGAAGAAGAUGUUGUUGGUAUCACAGUAAGGGAUUGUACCUUAAGUGGCACUACAAAUGGAUUGAGAAUCAAGACAUGGCCUGAUUCUCCUCCUGGUUUUGCAUCUGAUCUUACUUUUGAAAACAUUAUAGUUAAAAAUGUUUAUAAUCCAGUGAUAGUAGAUCAAGAGUAUUGCCCUUAUUACAAGUGUGAUCAGAAAGGACCUUCACUUGUUAAGUUGAAAAAUGUUAAGUUCAGUAACAUCAGAGGGACAUCAUCUUCAAAUCUUGCAGUUAAGAUUGUGGGUAGCAAAGCUGCGCCUGUUGAGUUGCAGAUUGGAGAUAUCAAUUUGUUGUAUUAUGGAAAGGAAGGACCUGCUACUUCAAUAUGUUAUAAUGCCAAGGCUUAUCUUUCAGGCAGGCAAAACCCUCUUACUUGUGCUCAUUAA